UGUAGCUCACAGCCAUAGAGCAGGGCCCUGUGCAUAAUAGGUACUCCAGACGCGUUCGGUGAAGGAGUGAGUGAAGGAUUUAACCCCUCUGGGCCUAUUGUUCUCAUUUGGGAAAUGAGGAUAAUAGUAGUACUCGAUAUUAAUAUAUAUAACAACUAGUGUCAAAAUGCAGGCAGGGGUCUUAACUACCCACGGUGCCCUUUAUGUUCUUCCUGCUCGGCGAGAGCGUGGCUUCAGGAUGUGCAGCUGCUGACAAAGGGGACGGAUAAAGCCACCUCAGUUAUGGCCUCUCAAGGAUCAAGCUCCUCCCACCAGCUAAUUUUUCACCCUUAUCUGUCCCUAUUGGGCAGCACCCCCAGAGCACGGCCCGGGAGCCUGCCACAGCUGGGACGCAGCCGCUCCGACGUGCAGAGCUCUCACGGCGUCCCGGGCUGCAGGCGUCCCGGGGCUGCAGCCGAGCCAAGGGCCCGGCUCCACAGCUGCACACUCGCAGCAGCUGGAGACACCCAAACGCCCGCAUGCCCUUCGCCGGAGCCGUGGCCGAGGGCAGGACGCGCUUCCAAGCCAGGGCACCGGCCAAGCCUGAGACCGCGACAGGCGACUCAAAGAUUACACCGCGCUCCGCCACCCUCGACCGCGCACCCGCACGGGCCGCCGCACCCCGAACAUGGACUUCGUCCGCCUCUGGCUAGGGCUGCUGCUGCCCUUGGGGGGUGCGCUGGACUUCGGCUACCACCACCAGGAAGAGAUGGAAGCGUUUUUGAAGAACGUGGCCCGAAACUACAGUUCUAUCACUCGCUUACACAGUGUUGGGAAGUCUGUGAAAGGCAGAAACCUGUGGGUUCUUGUCGUGGGGCGCUUCCCAAAGGAGCACAGAAUUGGGAUUCCAGAGUUCAAAUACGUGGCCAACAUGCAUGGAGACGAGACUGUGGGGCGGGAGCUGCUACUCCAUUUAAUUGAACAUCUUGUAACCAACGAUGGAAAAGACUUGGAAAUCACAAAUUUAAUCAACAGCACCCGGAUACACUUCAUGCCUUCCAUGAACCCAGAUGGCUUUGAAGCGGUCAUAAAGCCCGACUGUUUUUACAGUAAUGGAAGGGAGAAUACUAACUUCUAUGACCUGAACAGAAAUUUCCCCGAUGCUUUUGAAUUUAACAAUGUAUCAAGGCAGCCUGAAACUGUGGCCAUCAUGGAGUGGCUGAAGACAGAGACGUUUGUCCUCUCUGCAAACCUCCACGGCGGUGCCCUAGUGGCCAGCUACCCGUUUGACAAUGGUGUUCCAGCGACAGGGACAUCACACUCCCGUAGCUUAACCCCUGAUGAUGAUGUUUUCCAAUACCUUGCACAUACCUACGCUUCUAGAAAUCCCACCAUGAAGAAAGGAGACCAGUGUAAAAACAAAAUGAACUUUCCCAAUGGAAUCACAAAUGGCUACUCUUGGUAUCCACUCAAAGGUGGAAUGCAAGAUUACAACUACAUCUGGGCCCAGUGUUUUGAAAUUACGUUGGAGCUGUCAUGCUGUAAAUAUCCUCAUGAGGAGAAGCUUCCAUUCUUCUGGAAUAAAAACAAGGCCUCACUGAUUGAAUAUAUAAAACAGGUGCACCUAGGUGUAAAGGGUCAAGUUUUUGAUCAGAAUGGAAAUCCAUUACCCGAUGUAAUUGUAGAAGUCCAAGACAGAAAACAUAUCUGCCCUUACAGAACCAACAAAUUUGGAGAGUAUUAUCUUCUUCUCUUGCCUGGGUCCUAUGUAAUAAAUGUUACAGUCCCUGGACACAAUCCAUACCUCACAAAGGUGGUUAUUCCAGAAAAAUCCCAGAACUUCAGUGCUCUUAAAAAGGAUAUUUUACUUCCCUUCAGACGACAGCUGGAUUCUAUCCCAGUAUCAAAUCCUUCAUGUCCUAAGAUUCCUCUGUAUAGUGAUUUGCCAAGCCACUCAGCUGCAACAAAGCCUGGUCUGUUCUUAUUUUUAGUGACUGUCUUUCACAUGUUUGUCAAAUAAAGCAAAAUGUGAAACACAACCCCCAUCACUACCUGGAAUCAGGGAUUACUCACACCAGGUUGCUGCAACUCUUUGAACUCCCUCUGUGGGACCUUGACUGAAGAAACACCAUGGUCCUUCCCUAAGGAGAGAAAUGGUUGUUUUCAAACCACAACGAACAAUGUGUGGUGAUAACAAAAGGAAUGAUUUAAUCUUGACGAAUGGAAGACACCUUUCAAGUACUGUCCGCUUACACUUAAUCUUGAAGUUGUCUUAGGAAUUUAUAAGAAAAACUUGAGAAUCAAGAAAGAAGUUCCUGCAAGAAAAGAAAAAGAAAAAAAAACCAGCAAAUUUUGUACACAAGAGAGCCAGGUGAAUAUAAGCAAUGAAGAUGAACAUGUACAUGGAGUAGAUGAACUAUCUACGGAACCUGGCCAUGAGUGCUAUAUGGGAAGAUACAGUUACGUGCCAUAUAUAAUUACUUCUCAGCACAGGGAGAAAUGAUGAUAGGACUGGGACAUAUUUCAUUUCACAAAUGUUCUAAGGAAAUAGUGGAAAGAGGCAGCCAUGUCUCAGUGGCUCAAGAAAAACCAUGGGCCUGAUGGGAUGACAAGGUUCUAUCUACAGAGCCCCAAACCAACAGUUCAAUUAAGUCCCUCCAUUCUGCACUCAGAUGCCACAGUUCUGUCAUGCUGAUGACCUCCAGAUGUAUAGUUCUAGCAUCUUGGCUGAGCCUCAGACUCAAGUCCCAACUUCCCACUGUACAUAUCCACCUGAGUUUGACCCACAGGUACCUCAUACUCAAUGAUGUUGAAACUGAACAUAUUUUUCUCCCUGGAGCUGCUCUUAGACCCUGUACUUGUCUCUGGUGUCACCGAACUUGAAACCUGAGAGUCAUCCUUGAUAUUCCCUCCUCUUCCCUCAGCCCAGAGUCAGUCAGUCACGAAAGACUGAUGUGAAUUAUAAAAUGUUGAUUUAUUCUCCUCUCUCCAUGGCUGGCAACGGCAAGUUUAGGCCAUCGUGAUUCACUGGUACCAUUUCAACAGUUUUACUGCUCUCUUGUGCCUAGCCUUCUCUUCAAAUCUGUCUUCCACACAGCACUGGGGAAGAAGGUCUACUCAAUACAAAAAACAAUUAACGAACAGUUUGUGUCCUGCGUGUUAGCACCAUUCUGACCUACCACCGCUCCUUUCCCACUCCUUUAUAACUCAGUGCAGGUGUCAGCUCCUCCAGGAAGCCUUUGCUGACCAUGAUCCCUCCCAGCCCUUUCCACUUCCUCCCAGUCAAUCUGGGGACCUUUCCUCUUUGGUGCUCAAAUUAAAUGGGUUACCUCUAUUAUGAAUGUACAACUGUAUUAUGAUCUAUUCUCAUUUGUGACUUUCCCUAACAAAAUGUGAGCUUUGAGGGUCUGUUCAAUUAGUUUGAAAAAUUCAUUUUUCUAUCUUCAGAGCCCAGUACAUAGUAGAAACUGAAUGAAUGAGUGAACAAAGAGCUCCAUGAACCUAUACCCAGUCUCUCCCAGAAACCGUGUUGGGCUUUGAGUCAUUUUGUCCAACAAGGUCCUAUGCUUUGGCAAUCUCCAGCUCAGUAACAACUGACAGAAGAGUUUUCAAAUAUGUAUCAACAAAUAAAUUCAAAUAUGGUGUUUUUAGUAUGCUUUGCAGUUAUCCUAAGGUUCAUAGUAAAUAUAUUAUGUUACCAGUUAACAACAUAAGCUACUUUUAUAUUGAAAAACAAAAUUUUUACCAUCAGUACUCAACUGAAGUACUAAUAAUUUGAAUAUCUGGAUAAUUUUUAUUUAAAUAAACUAAUUUAUUAUAUACUUGAAAGUAUGUAUUAAUAUUACAGAAAUGAUUUUGAUAUGCUACUAUGCACACAACUAUUCUCCACUAUCAGGAGAGUUAACCUAUCUUAAAAUAUUUUAUGUAAGAAUUAAGGAGGGAAACAUCAAACCAAAAAAUAGCAACUCCGAAGCAGAUUUCAAAAUGCUGUGUAUUACUCAUGGAAUGUGAGUUCCUUGGUUCUUUAAACUGAAUGUUCCCUAGGAUCUGAAAAUGAAACUAUACUACACUUGCUACAUGAUGAAUGCGUGAGAACCACAAAUGAAUGGAAGCCACCCGCGCAUGUAGGAACUAUUCCUGUGCCAAGCUUAAUCCACAUGCACAAAAUCAUACUUGUUUAUCUAAACAGCAUUUGUAGUCCUUUUAUCUCUUAUAAAAUCUGGUAAUAAUUUGAAUAUCUGGAUAAUUUUUAUUUAAAUAAACUAAUUUAUUAUAUACUUGAAAGUAUGUAUUAAUAUUACAGAAAUGAUUUUGAUAUGCUACUAUGCACACAGAACUCGAUUUCCCAUCAAGUCUUAUUUUUCAGUCAGACAUUCUGAGUUCUAACUUUUUUAAGAUCCCAAUUUUCAAAGGGACAUGAACCAAAACCUGAACUGGUUUACAAGCCUUCGUGUAAAUUCCUUAAGGAAAUAAUGUUUUUAAAAUCAGAAGUUCUAUCAAAAUCAUUUAGAGACAAGUAAAACAAACUCCAAACCAAAUCUAAACCAAACCUGAACUUAAUACAGAGCAUGUUCAGGGCACCUAUUUUGCAGCAAAGUGCUCAGAAGUAAACUUUGUGGUGAGGGUCUGGUAUGAUUGGACCUCCACUAACCAAGUGUCCAAGGGGAGAAACCACCAUGCAAUUCCAACUACACUCAGACCAGAGCCCCAAAUCUCCCCACAUGACAUCUUUCCUACUAUCCUCUUACCCUCUUAGACUGGAGGUUAUUAUGAUCCUCAGGUUCUAAGUUCAGGUGCAAUUCUUUUUAUGGAGGAAACAACAUGGUAAAUGUUUAUAAAAUAGAGAAUAGUAGAUGGAAUGAGAAUAAAAUUUUAAUUAGAAGGCAAGGACCCGGAGUUCAAACCCACCCCGCAGUUUUCUUACCCGUUAAAUGAAGGCCCCUGUUUGAUGGAUUCUGUGACUAUCAAAAGCUGUCAUUUAAGAUGCCAUAUUCUGAUGUCCUUUCUGGUACUUGCCCAAGAAGAGAAAGGUUAAUUAACACUAUUGUGGCAUAAAUAUUUUGAAGGCAUUAAAGACCAGGUCUUUUUGCUUCAGAUACAAACAGAAUUAACCUAAAAACUGAAACACUGGCUAGCUGGAAUGAGAAUUUAAUAAUAGCUAAGGAAUCUCCUGAACUAACAGGAGAUACUAAUCAUAUAUCUAGACUCUAGGGAGUAUUUUGGAGAAAUGUUAAGUCCCAACAGGUGUCAUUUUGAUUUUGGUGCUCAAUUAUCACGUCCAGAGCAGAAAUAUUUUUAAAAGCCUCUUAGCAUUUUUGAAAGUCUAAGAAAUGAAUGUUGUAUUUUGUUCCAGAAGUGAAUUUGCAUUUGUAAUGUUUUUAAAACUGUUAAAAGAAGUUAUCUCCAGCUUUAGAAAGUAAAAAUAUCUGAUACUGGAUUGGAAAUACCUUUUCCUAGGGCAUCCAGAAGAAAUGAGCACAGGAUACUAUCUCAUUGCAACAGGGUAAACUACUUAUUAAGAAGUUUGCUUUUUAUUCUACAGUGACAAUACAGUUGUCUAUUUUAUGACAGAUCCCUUAUGACUUCAGAUGUGGGAAGGCAGGAGAAAAUGAUUACUGAAGAACCCCCCCCCCCCAAAAUCAACAACAACAAAAACAAACCACAUCACAAUACCUAAAACAGAAGGUUAGGGGAAGAGUUUAACUUCAUUAGAGACUUUACCUUCUAUCACUAAUGAGCAGAGUAUCUGCUCACCACAAAACAUCUUAUCCUGCCUUAGCAUAUGAACUACUCCACAGCCUUUUAUAGAAUGUUUCACAGCUGAUUUAUAAGUUUUCUCAGUCACUUUUUUCUGUACUAUAAGAACUUGCACAAAUUGUCUAAAAAUUUAUUGGGAAGGGACCAUCACUACCUCUGAAAUUAGUAAAUUCAGAAUACUACUUUUUUUUAAAAGAUAUUAUUUAUUUAUUUAUUUAUUUGAGAGAGAGCAAGCACAUGAGCAGGGUGGAGGUGGGGAGUAAAUGGAGAGGGAAGCAGGCUCUCUGCUCAGCAGGGAGCCUGAUGCAGGGCUCAAUCCCAGGACCCCCAGAUCAUGACCUGAGCUGAAGGCAGAUGAUUAACCAGCUGAGCUGCCCAGGUGACCCUCCUGAUUCUUAAUAAAGAAUAUUCACGUAAGCAAUGAAUAUGGUUUCCUUCCAUUACCAUUACCUUAAAAACAAAUAUGCAAAUGUAACGAAGUCCACAUACUAGACAGAACUGAUGACCACCAAAUAAAGCCUGAACAAGACCAAAUUUAUGAUCUUUUUAUUAGGCAGUAAUAAUGCAACAACUCUUCAAAAUCCAGUCACUCAAGGACAGUUAACGAUAAAAACACUCAUCCUGUUAUAUAUAUUAUAUUCUAAAUCUAAAUUUUGUACCAUGGGGCAAAUGAUGGAUGAAAAAUGUGCCUUCUGAUUUAAAAAAAAAUUGCAAACUUCAGAAUGCUCAUUAAUGUAUUAAAGUCACCAAGAAAUCAUGCAGAAAAGAAAUGGAUUUUCCAAACAUACUUAAGCAAAAGAACCAUUUCCUUAAAUAGUUUAGCCUAGUACCAUCCCUCUGAACUUACAUUCCUUGAUUGCCAAACAUAUUUUGGGAAAUGCUGAUAUAGGGAGAAGUCUUUGUCCCAAGUAAUAAAUUUUGUUGAUUUCAAAGUGCUUUUGAAACACAGGGUAUAAUUUAAAAAGACUUGAAAUUGGAAAAUUAACAGCCCCCAACCCUCAUCCCUGUAACCUCUGAUGUCAAAUUUCUGGCCAAGGACAGACAAGUUUGCCCUCUGAAACGUGUAUAACGGUUUAAAUGAGACAUGGCUGAGUACAAAAUGGCUAAUUUAGAGGUACCAAUUUCUAAAAAAUGAUGAAUACCUCAACUUAUUAAAUGGGGAAAAAAAAAGGUUUCUCUUUUCAAGAGAAUUCAUUAUAUAUAGAAACCCCUUUGGCAGAAGUUCCCUGGAACAUUUUAGCUAGACUUCAAUAUUUACAGUUCUUUAGAGGGUCCAUUACUCCCCAGUCCCACAGAAAGCAAGAUGCAAUUUUUAAAUGGACUUAAUUUUAAAACAUUAGAAUAGGGCAAAGAAGUAUAACAAAUGAUUAGUCCAGUUUCUGGAUGGCAGAAUUAUGUGCUUUUGUUUUUCCAACUUCAUUUUUGAAAUUUUCUAUUAUUUACAAUUUUUGUUUUUCUGGUUCUUUUAUAAUGAAAGAAAAGCAAAUGAUAUUAUUAAUGACUGCAGUCUCAAAGUUUGGGACACCAGUUUACACAGGUAAUUGCUACAUCUUCUUAACACAUUCAUUAAACAUUUCCAGAGCUUAUGCUGAAAUAGCACUUACUUAAGUCAAAGUUAAUUUAAAAAUUAUUUUCCCUUAUUUACUACGGACAUGAAGUUCUGAAGGAUGAAUACCAAAGGAUUUCAAGGACCAAGGUGGGAAGUUUGUAUUUUAACAAGCAAGAGCAGAACUCCACCACGUCUUUGCUCUCUAGCCCAGCAAGUUGUCCUGAGUGUUCUAUCCCCUUAGGGGUCUACCUCCCAUCAAAGGAUGCCUGCAGAGAACUCCCAGAGUAGUGCUUCCACCUUGUGGUCAGAAAAGUGUUUAAUUAAAGAGGUUUGGUCUUCUCACUUGCCUCUUAAAAAAGAACAAAAUAAACAUGAGAAAAGGUGGAAAAAAUACAGAGGGAUGUUUUAAGCAAAGCCUUACCAAUUCUGUUAAAUUCUGAUACCGUAUCAACUUUGGAAAACCACCGUUUUGUUAGACUGUUUCUCUUUUUUUGCCUUUAAUUUACUGCAAUUAUUGCAACACUGCAAACUUUUUUCUGGGUAUUUUUAAAAACUGUCUUUUCCUCUUAUAAGUUUGAGAAAACUA